AUGAGUGAAAUCGCCGCCCUCCAAAAUGAGAUCAAGGAAUACAAACUACAGUUGGAGACGGUAGACUUGGGUCUUCAAGCAGACCCGGAUAGCGCAGAGCUUCAGGAAUUAAAGACUGAACUCGAACAAGUCAUUUCCCUCACUGAAGCUUCGAUCGCAGAACUAAAGCCACCUUCAGUGCCAGCUACUGUAUCCAAGAAUUCAUCAGAACCCGUUGUGAAGGAGAAAUGGUCGCGAGAGAAUCACCCUGCAUUUAAGAAAUCGACGGCGACACCCGCAGCCGAGGAAGCAGAAGCCCCGACAAGCUUUUCCGUCAACGAUAUGGUAUUAGCGAAGUGGCAUUCUGGGGACAAGGGUUUCUAUCCAGCGCGGAUUACCUCCAUAACCGGAUCAUCAACUUCCCCGGUAUAUAUCGUCAAGUUCAAGAGCUACGACACCACCGAGACGCUUCGGGCCAAGGAUAUUAAGCCCAUAGUUAAUUCCAAUAAGCGCAAAGCUGAUGGAACCCCAGUCGUAGCCUCGAUACCCUCCCCAACCCUCAACUCGAAUGUAAUUUCUGCCGCCGCAGAUAUCAACCCAGAACUUGCGCAACAAACCAAGCGUGAGCCAAGUAAGGUCAGUGAUGGUCCCGUUCGGCCUGCCAAAUUACCCAAGAAAAUCAAAGCAAAUAAAGAAUUGGAAGCUGGCAAAAAUAAGUGGCAGGACUUUGCGGCGAAGGGAAAGUUUGGGAAAACUGCAAAGAAAGAUAGCAUGUUCCGCACACCGGAAGGUGUUCACGGCAGAGUGGGGUUCACGGGGUCCGGACAAACCAUGCGCAGGGACGAAAAGCGAAGUCGUCACAUAUACCAGACGAAUGGAGAGGAGGAGUUUUAG